ACUGAAGGAUGCCGGCGGCUAUGGAAACUAAAAAUGCUUCAAAACACACCGAAGUGGACGCCAUGCAAAUAGGGUCUACUAACGAUGAGAGGAAGGAGUUGAAAGCAGGAGACGAUUAUGAGAACUUCGACCACUGCCAGGCGUGUGGUUUGGACGGGGAACUGGUACUGUGUGAUAGCUGUCCCAACGCAUUUCAUCCAGUAUGUCUAGGAUAUGACGAUGUAGAGGCCUUUGAUUUGGCCAUGAAAGAGCAACCUCAAGAGUACAGUGGGGAAUUCAGCUGUGAACAUCACGUGUGCGCCAUAUGUCGGAAGACCACUGUCGAAGCCGGUAAUUUUCUCUAUAGGUAA